UCCAUUCUUUCUCUCAUUCCUCCCUCCCCCGCCUCCAUUCUUUCGCUGCAGAUCCGCCACCCACCCCAAUCCCUCACCCCGAUCCAGAUCGACAACGACGGCCCCACGUCGCCGCCCCCUCCUUCCCCAUCCCGCCGCCAGUUACCAGUAGUACGACACACGCCUCAGCCCCGGCCUCGUCACGGCGGGCCAGGACCAUGGGCGCCGCCGCCGCGGGCCGCCUACUAGUACAAUCUCCAUCUCGCGCGCCGGGAUGAGCGCCAGGGCCGGGCCGGAUCCCAACUCCGAGAAGUCGGUCGCAUGGCCGGACCUCUGGGGAAGCCUCGAGCGGGCCGGCGCCCUCGCCACGGAGCUCGCCGCCGCGGCGGAGGAACGGGCACGCCUAGCGCGCCGCCUCGAGGCCGCGCUCGAGGUGAGGAGGGAGUCGGUGCGGCAGGGCGCGGCGCUGGACGAGCUGAGCCGGCAGCUGGAGCGGCGACGGGCGCGCGUGGACGAGCUCGCUGUCGCCAGGCGGAGGGCCGCCGAGGGCGUGGAAUGGUGCAAGGAGCAGAUGCAGGCGCAGAUCGAGUGGGUGCUGCCGCUCUCCAGGGCCCUCGCCGCCGCGCACCGCCAAGUGCAGGAAGCCAAAGAGUUGAAAUCCGCGGAGAAGGCGCGGCUUGGGGAUCUGCAGAGGCUGCUCAGGACGAGGCAGCAGUCCAUGGUAGCCCAGGUCGCCGCCCUGUACCCUGUCAGGGUCUUCCGAGACCUGCCGACUGCAGAGAACCACCAUUCCCGUACCAAUGUUUUUAUCAGAACCACGACCACUGGCUCAAUGCCGACCCGGCCGUCGUCAUCACCUUGGAGGACGACGAGGACGCCGCAGGCGCAGUCGGCCUUGGCAGCGGCUUCCACCACUACCACGUCAUCGUCACCUACCAGGUCCAUGAUGGCGUCUGGUCCGUUGAGUCCUUCUGCAGCCGCUGCCGCUGCUCCUUCCACAGCUUGGGUGGGACUCGUCGGAUCGGCCUCCUUAUUUCCCAUUUCAGGGUAGCUAGUGAUGCAGCAAACCAAGCAAUAGCAGGCACACCAAGCAGCAGCAGGAGGAGGGUGUCUCUCGAACGUCGCCGCUGCCACUCAUUGCUACUCUCACUGAUAAUGAUGGAUGAUCGAUGUUAGUUUAGCUCGGCCGCUAUUAUUUUAGCUCCUUGGUAGUCCCUCCCUCUCUUGCAAGCGUGUAGAAAUAGAAAUGGUAGCUGUAGUCCCAUGUAGUUGUAGUUCCUGUACUCGGUCUGCCCUUUGUUGCUUCAUUUCUAUGUUAAUUCAGUCUCUGUUGAAUGUAUCUACUGUUUACUGUUGUGGCUAUUGAAAGAAUCCUUUGUGUUGAAAGAAAUAAAAUGGUUUGGAU